ACCAGCCUGGGGGCUUCUUGUAGCCAGAGGGAGGACCUGGCUGGAUGAUGGCCCAGGGGGCAGUGAUCUGUGUGGCCCCAGAGAAGCCCACCCAUGCCGUGUGUGUGCUGGGCACCAAGUCUCGAGUCGAUGUCUUCAGCUCUGCCCCCAAUGGCUGCACAUCCUUCAGCAUCAGUGCCUCCCCAGAAGUGGUCGUGAAUGUUGCCCACAUCCGUCCAGUCAAGAAGAAUCCCACAGGUUCUUCCACAUGGCCCCUGGACCCUAGGCUGGAGGUGACCGUGAUGAUGAAAGCUUCUAGCAGUAGCAUCAGUGACCAGAAGGUUCGAAUUUCAUACUGUGGACCCCAGUCCCAGCCAACCCAAGCCCUGCUCUACCUCACUGGAGUCGAAAUCUCCCUGCGCACGGACAUCAGCCGCGCGGCCAAAGUGAAGCCGGGCAAAGUGAAGCCGACCGGAAGAGCCGGGAAUCACCAGAGGACCUGGACCUGGGGCCCUCGCGGACAGGGCGCCAUCCUGCUGGUGAACUGUGACAAAGACGAUCCCAGAUCCUCUACCAUGGACUUGAUGAAUAAUGAGGUGAACAGUGGCAAAGACCUGCAGGACAUGUCCCUGAUGACCUUGAGCACGAAGACCCCCAAAGAUUUCUUCACCAAGUAUAAACUGGUGCUCCACGUGGCCAAAAAAGAGAUGAACAAAGUGCGUGUGUUUCAAGCCAAAUGGGGCAAGUUGCCCUCCGAGUACAGGGUGGUCCUGGGACCCCAGCAGCCGUCUCAUGCCCUGGAGCUCCCCAGCGGCCAGCACAGCACCAACUUCUAUGUGGAGGGCCUCUCUUUCCCGGAUGCCAACUUCCCCGGGCUCAUCUCCCUCGGCAUCUCCCUGCUGGACACAUCCGACUCGGAGACCCCUGAAGCACUGGUUUUCCAAGAUAGCGUGACCUUUCGCGUGGCCCCGUGGAUCAUGACCCCCAACACCCAGCCCCCGCAGGAAGUGUAUGUGUGCAGUGUUUUCGAUAACGGGAACUUCCUGAAGUCAGUGACUGCUCUGGCCAAGAAAGCCAAGUGCAAGCUGACCAUCUGCUGUGAGGAGGAGAACAAGAACGACCGGUGGAUCCAGGAUGAAAUGGAGAUUGGCUACAUCCAAGCCCGGCAUAAAACGCUGCCAGUGGUCUUCGACUCCCCACGGAACAGAGGGCUGAAGGACUUCCCCAUGAAGCACUUGCUGGGCCCAGAUUUUGGCUACAUGACUCGAGGGGCCAAAAUAGGACAAAUCACUGGUCUAGAUUCGUUUGGGAACCUGGAAGUGAGCCCCCCAGUCACAGUCGGGGAGAAGGAAUAUCCGCUCGGAAGGAUUCUCACUGGGAACAGCAGUUACCCCAGCGAUAAGAGCCGAGAGAUGAACCAGGCCCUGCAGGACUUCCUCGCCGCCCAGCAGGUGCAGGCCCCUGUGAAGCUCUAUUCUGACUGGCUGUUUGUGGGCCACGUGGACGAGUUCCUGAGCUUUGUGCCGGCACGUGAUAGGAAGGGAUUCCGUCUGCUCCUGGCCAGCCCGAGGGCCUGCUACAAACUGUUCCAGGAGAAAGAGAAAGAAGGCCAUGGGGAGGCUGUGCUGUUCGAAGGGGUCAACACACGAAAAAAACAGCAAAAAAUAAAGGACAUUUUGUCAAGCAAGAAAUUGAGAGAACAUAAUUUAUAUGCAGAGCGCUGCAUUGACUGGAACCGAGAGGUGCUGAAGCAGGAGCUAGGCCUGGAGGAGCGUGACAUCAUCGACAUCCCCCAGCUCUACAAGCUCCUGAAGGACAGCAGAGGAACCCUCAAAGCCGAAGCCUUUUUCCCAAACAUGGUGAACAUGCUGGUUCUGGGGAAGUACCUGGGCAUCCCCAAGCCCUUCGGGCCCAUCAUCGAGGGCUGCUGCUGCCUGGAGGAGAAGGUGCGGUCCCUGCUGGAGCUGCUGGGACUGCACUGCACCUUCAUCGACGACUUUGACACCUACCAUGUUCAUUGCGGGGAGGUGCACUGUGGCACCAAUGUGCGCCGGAAGCCCUUCUCCUUCAAGUGGUGGAACAUGGUGCCCUGAGCUUAGCCCCUCCCAGCAUCCUCUCCUCCGAGAACCUCCUGGCCAAAGGCUUCUGGUCCCCUGCGGUGCCCCAGUGCAGAGCUCUUCGGGACAUUUUGGCUCCCCAGAGGUGGCUAGCCUUCCCAGCAGUGGCUUGCUUCCUUCCCUUGUUCUCCAGCCCCCAGGACCCCUCUGAGGAUCACAAGAUGGUCCUGGCAUUGCAAGCUCAGUUCUG